UUUCUUUCUUCUAUUUGUCAGUGUAGUUGUUGAGAAUAUGGGUCUUCUUCAUGAGCAGUUGCCUGCAUUUCUUGAAGCUCUGAGCAUUUUUGACAAGGAUGGAGAUGGUUACUCUAUGAUGGAGGAACUAGCAACUACUAUCAAAUCCUUAGGCCAGACUCCAAGCGAAGAAGAACAAAUGCAUGUAAUAAGCAAAAUUUAUGUGAAGGGUGAAAAGAAUAUGGACUUUGCAGAGUUCUUAAAUCAAAUGACUAGAAAAAUGAAGGAAAUUGAUGCAGAGGAGGAACUCAGAGAAGUUUUUAAGGUCUUUGACAGGGAUCAGAAUGGCUAUAUAACAGCCAAUGAGCUCAGGAAUGUAAUGAUAAGCCUUGGAGAGAAAUUAACACAUGAAGAAACAGAGCAGAUGAUUAGAGAAGCUGAUUUGGAUGGCGACGGACAAGUGGAUUAUCAAGAAUUUGUACAGAUGAUGGAAAAGAUAUAAGAAAUGUCCUUGUCAAAAUAUACUGCUAAAACAUCAUUACAAGAGGUGAAUUUUGUUCUUUCUGAUCAAGUUGUUGAGAGGAGGUAUUCUUUUUUUUUUAAGUAAACUUUGGUUAUUGAGGAAAAAAUAAUCAAGCUUG